CUUUCUCUUCCCACCACGUACGGGCGGCGCGUGCUUGUUUGGUGACCCGCGUGGUGUGGGUUUGCAGCGGCCAGCGACCCACCGCCGGCCGAACGGGCCAUAAAUGGCCGACGGAUAGCCGCUACAUUUGGCAGGAGGCGCACGACACGGGUCACACGACCGCGGACGAGGUAGAGUUCUGGGUGCCAUGGAUUCAGUGGGAGUGGGAGCGGCCGCCGACAGCGCAACGCCUCUGCUCCUCGCCGCCGCCGUCGCCGUCGCCCUCCUCCUCGUCGGCACGCUGGUCAGGAGGCAUGGAGGGAAUGCCAAGAACGGCCGCCUUCCGCCGAGCCCCGUGGCGCUGCCGCUCAUCGGCCACCUCCACCUCAUCCGCGAGCCCCCGCACCGCGCCUUCCACCGCAUCCUCGCCCGCCACGGCCCGCUCGUCUACCUCCGCCUCGGCCCCUCCACGCACUGCGUCGUCGUCGGCUCCGCCGGCGCCGCCCGCGACGUGCUCAAGUUCGAGGGCAGCAUCCCGGAGCGGCCGCAGACGGCCGUCACGCGCCAGCUCGCCUACGGCUCCUCCGGCUUCGCCUUCGCGCCCUACGGCCCGCACUGGCGCUUCAUGAAGCGCCUCUGCAUGUCGGAGCUGCUCGGCCCGCGCACCAUCGACCUGCUCCGCCCCGUCCGCGCCGCAGAGCUCGCCGGCGUCAUGGGCGCGGCCGCCGCGGCGGCCGCGAACGGCGAGGCGCUGGACGUGAGCAGGCAGCUCAUCCGGCUGUCCAACAACGCCAUGAUGCGGAUGGUCGCCAGCGCGCUGCCCGGCGACAUGGCGGACCUGGCCCGCGACUGCGCCAAGCAGGUGGCGGAGCUGGUCGGCGCCUUCAACCUCGAGGACUACGUGGCGCUGUUCCGCGGCUGGGACCUGCAGGGGCUGUCCCGGCGGACGCGCGGCGUGCACGCCCGGUUCGACGCGCUGCUCGAGUCCAUCAUCCGGGCCAAGGAGAAGGAGCGGCGCGACGGAGCCGACGGGGGCAAGACCAAGGACCUGCUCGACAUCCUCAUGGACGCCGCGGCGGACCCGGCCGCCGAGGUCAAGCUCACCCGGGACAACAUCAAGGCCUUCGUCCUCCAGAUUAGCAGCAAAAUCCAGAUGUUAGGGGGGGCCAGGGCCCCUGCUGGUCCCCCCCUGUCUCCGCCACUGCUUGUGCAUCGAGAUCGAAGUGAGCUGAGCCUGAGUUCAUCGUCCAAUGUCGAACGAAACGAGCAGGAUAUCUUCACGGCCGGGUCGGACACGACGGCGACCAGCGUGGAGUGGAUGCUGGCGGAGCUGCUGGCCCACCCGGACUGCAUGCGGAAGCUGCGGGCGGAGCUGGACGCCGUGGUGGGGAGCUCCCGGGUGGUGGGCGAGCCGGACGUGGCGCAGAUGCCGUACCUGCAGGCGGUGCUCAAGGAGACGCUGCGGCUGCGCCCGCCGGCGGUGAUCGCGCACCGGGAGGCGGUGGAGCCGAUCCGCGUGCGCGGGUACACCAUCCCGGCCGGGACGUCCGUCUUCUUCAACAUCUACUCCAUCGGGCGCGACGCGGCGUGGUGGGAGGACCCGCUGGAGUUCCGGCCGGAGCGGUUCAUGCCGGGCGGCGCCCGCGAGGGCGUGGACCCCAAGGGGCAGCACCCGCAGCUGAUGCCGUUCGGGAGCGGGCGGCGCGCGUGCCCCGGCAUGGGCAUGGCCCUGCUGGCCGUGCCGGCGUUCCUGGCGGCCCUGGUGCAGUGCUUCGACUGGGAGGUGCCCGCCCCGCCGCUGGACAUGGAGGAGGGGGAGGGGCUCGUCAUCCCGAGGAAGCAGCCGCUCCUGCUCCGCCCCACGCUGCGCCUCGGCCAUCUGCCCCUGCCCUAGAUGCCUCCAUUGAUGCAUCAUGCAUGCAUCCACCCAGCUCCUAGGGCUAGGAUCAGAUCAACUCGUGUCGAGCAUUUCAUCUCGUGAUCCAGUGUGUGCACGCUGUGCUCGCCAUGGUAGGAAAACAGCUGAGUUUUCUGUGCGUACUGUUUUGUGUUGUACCCUGACUCCCUGAGUUAUGUGUUCUACUUGUUUCUGUUGUGCAUGCAAUAUGCUAGACUUUCAAA